AUGACUCCAAGCCUAUCGAUGAGAUUCAAUCUUACUUUGACGGGAGAUACAUAUGUGGAUGAAGAUGAGAAUCUGCAAAAAGUUGUGCAGCGUGAAAAAUGGAAACUCAGUCAACUUGAGGCUUUCUUCAAACUAAACAAGGAUGAUCCAUCUGCUAGGAAAUACACUUAUGAUGAGAUUCCACAACAUUAUGUGUGGAAUGAAACUGAUCAUGUCUGGACAGUGAGGAAGAGAGGCCAGCAAAUCGGACGUUUGUUGUAUACACAUCAUAAUUCUGGAGAGAUUUGGUAUCUCAGAAAACUGGGAUUGCUUGACGAUGACAAUGAAUGGGACGAAGUAAUGGAUGAGUGUGCCAAGUGUGGAUUUCCUCCUCAAAUAAGAGAGCUUUUUGUUCAUAUCAUGAUCAACUGUCAAGUGACUGACCUAGGAAGUUUGUGGACAAAGCACUGGAAACACAUGGUCGAUGAUAUCAUUCUUCGUAAGAGACAGCAAUCUGGUAAUACAAACACUAAUUUCAGUGACAAGCAACUACAAUUUUAUGCAUUAGCAGAAAUAGACAAGAUCCUAAGAACGAUUGGAAAAUGUUUGAAGCAAUUCAGCCAAUUGCCACAGCCACCAGUGAGCUAUAUUCAAACUGAUGCAAACAAUUUGAUUGUUGAUGAAACCAGUUACGACAUAGAGGAAAUGGAGAGAGAGUUUCUCAAACUUCAUUCAAAUUGCAACCCUGAACAACUAUCAGUCUAUGAUGCCGUUUUUCAAUCUGUGACUGAAAACAAAGGAGGUGUUUUCUUUGUUUAUGGGAGCGGCGGCUGUGGUAAGACAUAUGUUUGGAAGACUCUAAUUUACAAGUUGAGAUCACAGGGAAAGAUUGUUCUGCCAGUGGCUUCCUCGGGUAUCGCAGCUACCUUAAUGCCUGGAGGAAGGACAGCCCACUCCCGUUUCAAGAUCCCAAUUGUAUUGGAUGAAUAUUCCUCAUGUGCAAUAAAUCUGAAUUCGGAUAUUGCUAAUCUAAUCAAGUGCACGAGUCUGAUUAUAUGGGACGAGGCUCCCAUGCAACACAGGUACGCAUUUGAAUGUCUAGACCGAUCACUGAGAGACAUAAUGAAAACUCUUAAUCCGGACAAUUUCAACAAGCCGUUUGGAGGUAUCACCGUUCUACUCGGUGGAGAUUUUCGGCAGAUAUUGCCAGUCAUCAACAUGGGAGGUCGUGCUGACAUUGUGGCUGCAUGCAUAACUCGGUCAAGAAUAUGGAAAGAGGCAAUCAUUUUCAUCUUAAAGCAAAACAUGAGACUUAACCAAGGACAGAAUGCUGAGGAAAAGGAGAAUUUACGCAAGUUUGCUGAAUGGGUACUUCAAAUCGGUGAUGGCAAGUUAUCUCCUCCAACUGAUGAAUUAAGUGUUGUUGAUGAAGAUUCAAUCAUGAUUCCAGCAGAUUUUUGUGAUCCAGAAACUGAAAACUCUGUUAAAAAUAUGAUUGAGUGGACGUAUCCCAGUUUUACCACAAACUUUCAAAAUCCUGCUUAUCUUAGUGAGAGAGCAAUAUUGACGCCGACCAAUGUCACUGUUGCUCACUUGAAUUCCAAUAUUGUUGAGACAAUUCCGGGAGAUCAAGCUUCUUACUAUAGUGUUGACAGAGCGGAGGAUUUUGGUGGCAGCGAUUCUGAUCUUAGUUUUGCAUUCCCCCUGAAUAUAUCAACUCAUACAAUAUUCCAGGUCUUCCGCAUCAUGAACUGA